AUGGCACAGAAAUGUGAAUGCUGCCAGUCCACGGAGAAGGUGACGUCGAAACAAAAGGGGCGCAACGUGUGUGAUGACUGCUUCUACGUGAGUUCUGUAUCUUAGUCAUCUUUUUUAUAUUACAUAAUUUGUCAUCCUCUUUCUGCAGUGUUACGUAUGUGCAAAACCCAUCAAGACGGCAAAGUUCAAGGUUCUGUUGGAUCGUUUCUACUGCCAGGGCUGCAACGUCACCUACACCGCCCAUCGUCAUCAACUUGCUUACAUGGGAUGUGGUCCGGUCUGUUAUAAACUGAUGUGA